AUGCUUCGACGUUCCGCAGGGAACAAGCUGGGGCUUCUGAGCUUCCAGUCGCUUUCAUAUCGGAGACCAUUAUUGUCACACCCGCACGCCGCUCUGCCCCGAUAUCAGAGUAACUGGAGUCGUGAUCAUGAACGCGAAGCUUUUGAUGGACCCAAUUCCGAACGAAACCGUGAACCGAAAGAUGAAGCAGGGAAAUUUACAUUGGAUGUGGACACACUUGGAAAGCCAGGGCAAAUCGUUGUUGUGCCUCCACUUCGCCGCCGAAUGUUAAAACGCAAUCGCAACAAAAACCUCAAACAUGAAUCCGGCGGCACAAUCACCUCCAUGUUAGAUGAACUUGAUGAAGAGAACUCAUCGCCUAGCGAUAAGUCGGUGCAGCAAAGAAUUGAUGAGGUUCGUGGAUCGUAUCAACUGGGACAGACCUUGCCUGCUGCCGAUCUGAAGACAUUGUGGUCAAAAUUGGCUUCCUCUUUCACACAUAAGCAAUUGUUGGAGUACAUUUUGGAGUACAACCGCAAUGCUGUGAUAAAAGAAAAAGAUUGGACAUGGGGGUCAAGUAACCCCAAAUCGCAGGACAAAUUAUUGGGAAAGACCAGGGGCUCCAGGGGAAAAUCCCGGGCUGCAGAGACGAUCGUUCGGAAUUGUUGGCAGCUGGUGGCUGUUGGCGAGCGCGGUCUGUUGGAAUUCCGUAUACCAGCUCAGUUCGUAUCCUUGCUUCUCCAUGCCGAGCAUUUCUCUUUCCACGAGCUAGCUAGUCUCCAUGGCUGUGGUAUUGAUGUCACGCAAUCCGGGGGCCUAGUAUCACUUACUGGCAAACGAAAUGAUUGCGAGUCUGUUCAUGAGAUUAUCAUGGAUGCCACUGGCAGAAUCCGCGAGGAUGAUGUUGGAAUCAACCCAUAUAUCCACGGAGAUGGAGCCAGUCAAGUCUUUAGCCCAGACUUUUUAGAAUGGGUCAACAGCACACAUGGGGUAUUUGUGGAACACAAAGCAUACAGACCACCACAAAAGAUUCUUUACCUUGCCGAGAAUAAGCUGGGUGCAGAUAAUGCACGGAGGACUUUGAACUUGGCCUUAUCCAACAACACAUCUCCAUCAACGCCAUUUUCGACCUAUUUACCUGCUUCAGAACUAGCCAGUGCAUAUAGCUACAAACCGGAAGCUCAUGCUUCGUGGUUUGAGCAGCAAAAGUCGUGGUUCCGGUGGGCAAUGUCUUCUAGUCAAAAUGCGGAGGCAGAAAACCUUGAAACUCCUUUCUUCGAUAAGCAUCAAACACGGCUCUCAGAUGAACUAUUGAAGCUUCUCCGAGUGAGUAAUCCGAGAACCAGUUCAGUCACCGGUUUGCAUGAAUCUGUGACAGCCAUGGUUGGGAAAUGUCUUUUUAUGCAAAAGACCCCUUUCGAUGAUACAGCCAUCAGCCCGGCACAGUUGGGGAGACUAUCUCUUCCGCGAGCUUUCACAAACGACAUACCUCGAGUGUCGCGUUUUAUCAACUCACUCACGCCUAUCCGCCCAAAGAACGAGGCACAGCUAUAUCGACUUCGUUUGUCUCCAACCUCCAACGCAGGAUCCCCGCCGGAACUCGAAAUUGAGGUAUCCAUGAACUCAAUUUUGGAUGGCGUGGAUUUCCACAGCGUAAAGGCCAUCCUCACCACAGACCAUGUUGACUACCUGCUUCCGGAAAAUGGCCUAGACCUGCGUUUCACACGGACUGUUUCCCAAGACCUCUUAUAUAAGCCAUCUUCCAACCCAGAACUCCCGCAAAGCUCUUCUGGGCACUUUUCGCCCGAGCCCUCCUCGCCACAGAUCCAAGCACUGCUACAAAGCCUCAAAAUCUCCCUCGAAGGCUCAAUAAUCAGUAUUGGGGCUUCGAAACGCCCUGUUUCACUUCCUAUAUUUUGCAACAUCACUCUUCCUUGUGAUCUUGUUCAGCAGUCUUCCACGCAAAAAGUUCAAUCCAAAGAGUUGGAUGCAUCCAUGACAGAGAACAGCGUCGCCGUCGAAUACAUGUUCCCUCCACUCAGCGACAUUCGAGGUGCGGUUGUCCAAAAGUACAAUCUUGGUGGGCGGUCACUUGACUACCGGUAUUAUGAGAGCGGCUCGCUCCUUGCUGCUCGGACAAAUGAGGUCUCUCUGGGCAUGGAUAUUCCCCAACUUGACUUGGCCACAGAAAAUAACCAAUCCGAGCAGCUUGAUCAGGAGUUCCAUUCGUUCUACAACGCGGCAUGUGACAUGGCAUUUAAAAUCCACGGCAACAGAUAUGUGCAUUGA